AUGACAGCCUUCCGCCCGUGCUAUGGUACGCCCCCCUCUGGGUAUGACAAACCUGCCGCCCGCUAUGGUAAACGCUCCCUCUGGUAUGACGCCUGCCUGCCCGGCUUAUUUUACGCCCCCCUCUGGGAUGACAGCCUGCCGCCGCUAUGGUACCCCCCCUCUGGUAUGACAGCUGCCGCCCGCUAUGGUACGACGCGCCCCCUCUGGCCCUUCGCCCGCUAUGUACGCCCCCUCUCUGGGUAUGACAGCCCUUCGCCCGGCUAUGGCAACUCGCCCCCCUCUGGUUAUGACAGCCCUCCGCCCUCGCGGCUAUGGUACGGCCCCCCUCUGCCCGCCGCCCUCCGCUAUGGUACGCCCCCUCUGGGUAUGAACAGCCCGCGCCCUCAGCGGCUAUGUACGCCCCCCUCUGGGUAUGACAGCCCGCGCCCUCCCGCUAUGUACGCCCCCCUCUGGUAUGACAGCCCGCCGCCCUCCGGCUAUGGUACGCCCCCUCUGGGUAUGAACAGCCCACCGCCCUCCGGCUAUGCCCGCCGCCCCCGGCUAUGGUACCGGCCCCCCGCCGGGUAUGACACCUCCCGCCCCCUGCUAUGUUACUCCCCCUGCCGGGUAUUACAGCCCCGCCGCCCCCCGGCUAUGUACGCCCCCCUGCCGGGUAAUGAUAGCCCGCCGCCCUCCGGCUAUGGUAACGGCCCCCUGCCGGGUAUGAAGAGCCUUCCACCCUCCGGCUAUGUGACUAUGGCGACCCUCCAAGGGCCAUCAGCCCCUCCAGUGACUAUGGCGACCCUCCCAGGCCAUCACGCCCCGCACAGUGACUAUGGUGACCCUCCCAAGGGCCAUCACGCCCCGCACAGUGACUAUGCGAACCCCUCCCCAGAGGCCAUCACGCACCGCACAGUGACUAUGGCGACCUCCCCAAGGGCCUCACGCCCACCGCACAGUUGGGACUAUGUGCGACCCCCCAAGGGCCAUCACGCCCCGCACAGUGACUAUGGCGACCUCUUCCAAGGGCCAUCCGCCCGAGGCCAUCACGCACGCCCAGUGGACUAUGGCGACCCUCCCAAUGGCCAUCACGCCCCGCACAGUGACUAUGGCGACCCUCCCAAGGGCCAUCACGCCCCGCACAGUGACUAUGGCGACCCUCCCAAGGGCCAUCACGCCCCGCACAUUGACUAUGGCGACCCUCCCAAGGGCAUCACGCCCCGCACAACGACUAUGGCGACUAUGAAUACUAUGAAGAAUAUGAUAGCCAUAGUUAUGGUAGCACUUAUAGGGAAUAUGAGGAUACUUUUAACUAUGAGCCAUACGGAGACUAUGGUGAUCAAUCCCACGGUCAUGGCGACCGACAUUCCCAUAGUCCUGUUGUGGAUUACAUUAGGGGCAAACCAAAAUAGCCUUAAAGAAAUGGAACUACAGUAA